AUGGACGCCGAGGAAGACACCUUCACCUCGGUCACGUGGGAGAACCGCGACGCUGCCACCGGAUCGCAGCCCGUCUUCUCCACCAUGCCCAGCUCAUCCACCAACGCUGCUGCCGGUCCGUCUACAACCUCCGCCUCGUCCGCUGCCGCCGGUGGCCUUGCGCGCGAUCCGUUCGCCUCGGACGACCCUUCCGAACUCACCUGGGCGGGCUACCUGAUGGUACAGGUGCUCGAGCCGCGCAAGGAGCUCGAGGGCCAAAAGGACGCCUUCAUCAGCUACGGCAUCCGCGCCGAGACCAACCUGGCGCACUUUUCGCGCACCUACAUGGCCACACGCCGGCGCUUCAACGACUUCACCUUUCUGCGCGAGGGACUCAAGCGCGACUUCCCCGCGUGCGUCGUGGCGCCGCUGCCGGACAAGCAUCGGCUCGAGUAUCUGACGGGCGACCGCUUCAGCACCGAGUUCAUUGAGAGGCGCACGCAGGAGCUGCAGCUCUUCCUCGAGCGCAUCUGUCGCCAUCCUACGCUGCAGCGCAGCCAGCUCCUGCGCAGUUUUCUGGAGAGCUCCGAGUGGCAUGUGGAUAUGCAUGCGCACAACUCGUCGCAUAGCGCAAACAGCGCCGCUUCGGGCACCUCGGCGCUCGUCUCGGGCUCGCACGUCGAAAAUGCCGGCCCACCAGGUUUGUUGGAUAGCAUCAGCGACCACUUUCUCAACGCCUUCAGCAAGGUGCGCAAACCCGACCAGCGAUUCGAGGAGAUCCGCGAGAGCAUCGACAAGCUCGAGGAAGGUCUGGCGGGCACCGAGCGCGUGCUGUCGCGCAACCGCAACCGUAUAGCUGCCCUGCCCUUUGGCGACCUCUAUGCCCCGCAACUCGGCACUGCGCUCGAAGACCUCUCGACCGACUACGAGGAUCUGGCCACCAGCAUCGAAGGACUCGGCUACCUCGAGAGCGGCAUCACCGAGCCGCUCAACAAAUUCGCAGCGGCCAUGCUCGAGGUGGCUCGACUCGAGCGUGCGACUUCUGCGAAAUCGACGGAUUCGAUGUUGUCGCAGAUGCAGGCGAUGCUCGCGUACGCACGUGCGCACAAGUCGGUGCUCAAACUGCGCGACACCAAGCAGGUGGACUUUGAAGAGCUUACCGACUACCUGUCCGGGGUGGUUUCUGAGCGCGAUCGACUCGCGUCGCUCUCCUCACCAUACGGAGCCGGACACGGACACGGAGGUGUUCGCGGUGCGGGAAUUAGUGGGUACAUCAAGGAUAAGGUGGAUCAUCUCAGGGGUGUGGAUGAAGAGCGCACGAGGGUGGGGAGGAUGCAGAGGUUGGAUGGCAAGAUUGGCGAGUUGGGAGAUGCCGUGACGAGCGCACAUGACACUAGUCAUGCGUUCAAUGCACAGGUGCUGCGCGAACACCACAUUUUCCACCAGGCCAAGCAGCUCGAGUUGAAGGAGGUGCUCGCCACGCAUGCCGAUGGACAGAUCGAGCUGUACCAAGAGCUUGUGGGGAUUUUCGAUGCGCUCAUUCCGCAGCUAGAACGCAUUCGUGUGGCGUAA